AUGGUGAUCACUGUUCCAGAAGAGCCUCUCGAACUUCAUUUGAGACGUAAAAUUCUCCUGGCUUACGAUAAUUCUGAAUAUAGCAAGGCCGUCUUCCAAUAUGCUUUAGAUAAUAUAUUUAUUCCUAACAAGGACCAUGUUGCGCUUGCUACUGUUCUCGAUGAAGAACAAUCUAUGUGGUUAUUGGCUCAUAACUCCAGAGCACAAAAUGCUGAGAAUAUGAAAAGGAAUAGACGUUUAUCGUUAACAGAACAUUCAGAAGCUUCUGAUAUCUUAAAACCAUUAUCAGAAGACUUAGCGAGUAAAGGAAUCACUUCGAAUUUUUACAUUUUGAAAGGUGAUCCUAAAAUUCAAUUGGUCAAACUUUCUGAACAUGCACACGUAGACUUGGUUAUUGUUGGUACACGAGGUCUUGGCUUAAUUAAACGCAAUCUUCUUGGAAGUGUCUCUGAAUAUGUCGUACGCCAUGCAGAGUGUUCUGUUCUUGUAGUUAAACAAAAACCAGAGAAACCUAAAAGUCGUCCAGAGUCUCCAUCAACCACCAGUUUCUCGUCAACUGCCAGGAGAAGUCUUCAAGCACCGAUUUCUUUAUUCAGAACCUUAACCAAAUAA